UGGGAAGGGCCGCUCCACACGUGCCGCGUUGCUGGGGGCAACGCUGCGGACGGCCACGAGCGGUCCGCGCGGCGGGGCCGGGGGGGGCGCUGCCAGGACCCGGGAGGAGGCGGGGCGGGGCGGCACCCUCAGCGCCGGUGCUUGCCGCGUCUGCCCGGUUCCGCCACCGUCGCCAUGCGCAGCCGGAGUAACUCGGGCGUGCGGCUGGACAGCUACGGGCGCCUGGUGCAGCAGACCAUCCUCCGGCAUCAGGACGCGGUGACGGGCCUGCUCCCCGCCAGCGCCGACCACCAGGAUGCCUGGGUCCGGGACAACGUCUACAGCAUCCUGGCCGUCUGGGGGCUGGGCCUGGCCUAUCGCAAGAACGCCGACCGCGACGAGGACAAGGCCAAGGCCUACGAGCUGGAGCAGAGUGUGGUGAAGUUGAUGCGGGGGCUGCUCCAGUGCAUGAUGAGACAGGUAGACAAGGUGGAGGCGUUCAAGUACAGCCAGAGCACCAGGGACUGCCUGCAUGCCAAGUACAACACUCACACCUGUGCCACUGUGGUGGGGGACCACGAGUGGGGUCACCUCCAGAUGGAUGCUACCUCCCUCUACCUGCUCAUGCUGGCGCAAAUGACGGCCUCAGGCCUCCACAUAAUUCACAGCCUGGAUGAAGUCAACUUUAUCCAGAACCUCGUGUUCUACAUUGAAGCAGCCUACAAAACCGCGGACUUUGGGAUAUGGGAGCGUGGGGACAAGACGAACCAGGGCAUCACUGAGUUGAAUGCUAGCUCUGUCGGCAUGGCCAAGGCUGCCCUGGAGGCGCUGGAUGAGCUGGAUCUCUUUGGAGCAAAGGGAGGCCCGCAGUCAGUGAUACAGGUGCUGUCGGAUGAGGUGCAGCACUGCCAGUCCAUCCUCCACUCAAUGCUGCCCAGGGCCUCCACGUCCAAGGAGGUGGAUGCCAGCGUGCUCUCUGUUAUCUCCUACCCCGCGUUCGCUGUGGAAGACAGCGAGCUAGUGGAAAUUACCAAGCAAGAGAUCAUCACAAAGCUGCAGGGCCGCUAUGGCUGCUGCCGCUUCCUCCGGGAUGGAUACAGGACCCCCAAAGAGGACCCCAACCGUCUCUACUACGAACCUGCUGAACUGAAGCUGUUUGAGAACAUCGAGUGCGAGUGGCCUCUCUUCUGGGCAUACUUGAUCAUUGAUGGGAUUUUCAGUGGAAACAUGGAGCAGGUGCAAGAGUACCGGGAAGCCCUUGAGGGAGUUCUCAUCAAGGGGAAGAACGGGGUGCGCCUGGUGCCAGAGCUGUACAGUGUCCCACCAGAUAAGGUGGACGAGGAGUACAGGAACCCCCACACUGUGGACAGGAUACCCAUGGGCAAGCUGCCACUCAUGUGGGGACAGUCCCUCUACAUCCUAGGCUGCCUGAUGGCUGAGGGGUUUCUAGCUCCUGGUGAAAUAGAUCCUCUCAAUCGCCGGUUUGCGACUGUCCCCAAGCCGGAUGUGGUGGUCCAAGUGUGCAUCCUGGCAGAGACGGAGGGGAUCAAGGCUGUUCUGAGGAAGGAGGACAUCGAUGUGGAGACUGUGGCAGAUGUCUACCCUAUCAGAGUACAGCCUGCUCGCAUUCUCAGCCACAUCUACGCCCGGCUGGGCCGCAACAAGCAGAUGUGCCUGACGGGACGGCCCUACCGGCACAUGGGCGUCCUUGGGACCUCCAAGCUCUACAACAUCAGAAAGAACAUCUUUACCUUUACCCCGCAGUUCAUAGACCAGCAGCAGUUCUACCUGGCUCUGGACAACAAGAUGAUUGUGGAGAUGCUGAGGACGGACCUCUCGUACCUCUGCAGCCGCUGGAGGAUGACUGGGCGUCCGACCAUCACCUUCCCCAUUUCCCACACCAUGCUUGAUGAAACUGGCAGCAGCGUGCACCCCGCGGUGCUGGCAACGCUGCGGAAGCUGCGGGAUGGGUAUUUUGGUGGCGCAAGGAUCCAGACGGGUAAGUUGUCGGAGUUCCUGACAACGUCGUGCCGAACACACCUCAGCUUUAUGGACCCUGGGCCAGAGGGUAAGGUCUUUGCCGAGAGUUCCGAGCUCAGCAUUGACAGCUUUGAGGAGCUAGACACUGAGGAGUGGCUGCAUGGCUUGCAGAUAGCAGAGGAUGCAGACACAUAUGACGAGGUUGCUCAGUAUUUGGACCACCUGCUGCAGCGCACAGUACCCCAGUCAAAUCUCCCUCCCACUGCCCAGCGGGGAGGGCUAAGCCGCUUCCGGGCUGCUGUCCACACUACCCGUGACUUCAUGUCCCUGGCAUCCAAGGCCAAGGACCUUCAUGUCCAGAAUGUUGGGAUGUACGUGCCCAGCAAGAUCUUCCAGGCAUCCCAGCAGUCAGUCAAGCUGCUGAGUUCACCCCACCAGCACGACACGGAUGGCAAGAGCCAUGCACUCCAUGCAGAGAUGAACCUGCCCCGUGAUGAGGAUGGCAACGUGGACUGCAAGGCACUGGUGGACCAGCUGCGUAUCUGCCCCACGCUGCAGGAGCAAGCGGACAUCCUCUACAUGCUCCAUACUCUCAAGGGGCCCGAGUGGCACACGGGGCUUGAUAGCGAGCCUGGCCCCACUGUCAAGGAGCUCCUCACUGAGCUAUAUGUGCGGGUGGGGGACACACGCCAGUGGGCCCUGAUCCGCUACAUCUCUGGCAUCCUCAAGAAGAAGGUGGAAGCUCUGGAUGAGGCCUGCACUGACCUCCUGUCCCACCAGAAGCACCUGACAGUGGGGCUGCCCCCGGAGCCACGCGAGAAGACAAUCUCCACCCCGAUCCCCUACGAGGAGCUUGUUCGCCUCAUUGAUGAAGCCAGUGAGAAGAACCUCAGUGUGUCCAUCCUCACACAGGAGAUCAUGGUGUACUUGGCCAUGUACAUGCGCACACAGCCCGCGCUCUUUGUUGAGAUGUUCCGCAUCCGCAUCGGGCUCAUCAUCCAGGUGAUGGCAACGGAGCUGGCACACUCCCUGCAUUGCUCGGCUGGAGAAGCCACUGAGAACCUGAUGAAUCUCAGCCCAUCAGACAUGAAGAGCCUCCUCUACCACAUUCUCUCCGGCAAGGAGUUUGGGGUGGAAAGGAGUGUGCGAUCGGUUGACUCAUCGCUCACUACCGCUGUCUCCAUCUGUGAGGUGGGGGCUGUUGGGGCAACCAAACCUGAGCGUGCUGGAAUCGUGAGGCUGAAAAGUGAGAUCAAACAGCAAUUGGAUAAACGUAGGCAGUCUCUGACUGGGAGUAAGCCCCUCAGUUUGCAGUCCGGGGAUGCUGACCUGAAGUCCUCUCUGUCUGCUGGGCACUCGGAGCUGCUGGGCAAGGGCUCCUUUUCAAGCAUGCUGGAAGACCAGGGCAGUAAGGACAGCCGCCAGGGCCAGUGGCAGCGGAGACGGCGGCUGGAUGGGGCCCUCAACCGUGUCCCUGUGGGCUUCUACCAGAAGGUCUGGAAGGUCCUGCAGAAGUGCCAUGGCCUCUCCGUGGAGGGCUUUGUUCUCCCGUCUUCAACAACCAGAGAGAUGACCCCAGGGGAAAUUAAGUUUGCUGUGCAUGUGGAGUCAGUCCUCAACCGUGUGCCCCAGCCAGAGUACAGGCAGCUGCUGGUGGAGGCUAUCUUAGUGCUUACCAUGCUGGUAGACAUGGAGGUGCACACCAUUGGCGGCAUCAUAGCUGUGGAAAAAAUCUUGCACAUGGCCAAUGACCUCUUCUAUGAGGAGCAGAAAGCCCUGGGUGCUGAUGACCACAUGCUGGAGAGGGAUCCUGCGACGGGCAUCUGCAGCCUGCUGUACGACAGCGCACCGAGUGGUCGGUUUGGCACCAUGACCUACCUGUCCAAGUCAGUGGUCAUGUACGUGUACGACUUCCUGCCCACCGACGGCUGCUCCAUGCAGUAGAUCUUGCAGCUCCUCUUCCCAAGUCACAGAUGCCGUGGGAGGAUUGUUUCAUACAGCUUUUAAAGAUGGGCAUUAGGCUAGUUUGCAGGCAGCCUGCGUGGCCAUCUCUCCUCCUAGUCCUGACUUCUCGGUGGGUGAGCAGCUCUCCUGAGGAGCUCUGCGGGAGGCAUGCAUGCUAAGCUGACCCGUGCCUGGGUGCAGCCUGUGGAGCAAGGGCUGGCAGGGAAAGGCUGAGCUUUGAAACCUGCUUGUGUUAGAAGUGUCUGUCUGCACACUUCCUCCUGGGCCAUCGCCCCCGGAGAGGCCCGUAUUUGAGGGAGAUGAAGAGGGCCUCCCUCGCCAAGCAUGCGUGCUUGGCACUGCAGCACUCCCAGGCCAGCUCACACUCUCCCUGUCUCCAGCAGAUUUGAGGUUUUUAACAUGUUCUGUGCUGCUUUUUAUUCUAAAUCUGCAAGGUUUUUACUAGUGUAGGCUGGAGCUCUUGAUCUUCCUGCUGCUGAUGGAAAAGCUUUGUUAGAGAAAUAGGGGAUGCCACCUGAGCCUCUCCCAGCACACCCAAAAAUCAAAACAGUCCAACCCCGAUACAGCCGUGCUGCUAGGAAAUAGGCAGCCCAUCGUGCUUCCCUCAGGACUCGUGUGUGUGGAGCUGGGGAGGCUGUGGGAGCCGGGAGCAUCCCAAGGCAGUAUCAGAUCCCUGUUAGCACCAAGUUGUGAGGACAGGGUUUCUUGCUUGCUGGGGGAUGUGGGUGACAGCCCCUCUGUGCCAUCAGCUCUGUCCCUGGCAGUGUUGCUCAUGGUUAAGUUGCAGGUUCCCGAGUUCAUAUACGCCCGUGAAGCAGCUCCAAGCUGGCUGCUUGGCUUGGCGUUAGCUCUGCCAUCACAGAUGUGCUCUUAAUGCUCAGCUCAGCCUUGGUCAGGAGAGGGGUGGAGACUUGAGUGCAUCCCCUUUCCACUGUGUCCUGCAGGUCAAACCCCGUAGAGGAUAAUGCAAUUGAACUGAUGGAGAUCAGGCACACCCACCACAAAGCGGUGAGGGGAGUGGGGUUAUAGGAUCAUAGAAUGGUUAGGGUUGGAAGGGACCUUUAAAGGUCAUCUAGUCCAACCCCCCUGCACUGACCAGGGCCAUCUUCAACUAGAUCAGGUUGCUUAGAGCUCUGUCCAACCUGACCUUGAAUGUUUCCAGGGAUGGAGCAUCUACCACCUCUCCAGGCAACCUGUGCCAGUGUUUUACCACCCUCAUUGUGAAAAAUGUCUUCGUUCUCUCUAGUCUAAAUCUACCCUCUUUUAGUUUAAAACCAUUACCCCUUGUCCUAUUGCAACAGGCCCUGCUAAAAAAGUUUGUCCCCACUGAAAGGCUGCCAUAAGGUCUUUCCAGAGCCUUCUCUUCUCCAGGCUGAACAAUCCCAACUCUCUCAGCCUUUCCUCAUAGCAGAGGUGUUCCAUCCCUCUGAUCACUUUUGUGGCCCUCCUCUGGACUCGCUCCAACAGCUCCAUGGGGGGGUCCAGAGCUGGAUGCAGUACUCCAGGUGGGGUCUCAGUGGAGUAGAGGGGCAGAAUCACCUCCCUUGACCUGCUGACCACGCUGCUGGUGAUGCAGCCCCGGACAUGGUUGGCUUUCUGGCUUGUGAGUGCAUAUUGCUGCCUUAGGUCCAGCUUUUCCUUCACCAGUACCACUAGGACUAGGGCCUUCUUGGCAGGGCUGCUCUCAGUCCCUUCAUCCCCCAACCUAGAUGCGGGAUCUUGCAGUUGGUCUUGUGGAACCUCAAGAGGUUCAUGUGGGCCCACUUCUCAGGCUUGUCCUGGUCCCUCUGGAUGGCAUCCUGUUCCUCAGGCAUGCCAACUGCACCACUCGGCUCGGUGUCAUCUGCAAACUUGAUGAGGGUGUACUCAAUCCUGCUAUGUCAUUGAUGAAGAUACUAAACAGUACUGGUCACAGUACAGACCCCUGAGGGACACCACUUGUCACUGAUCUCCAUCUGGACGUUGAGUCAUUGACCACUACCCUCUGGAUGUGAUGAUCCAGCCAAUUCCUCAUCCACUGAACAGUCUGUCCAUCAAAUCCAUUUCCUCAAUUUAGAAGGAUGGCGUGGGCGACAAUGUCAGAGGCCUUACAGAAGUCCAGAUAGGUGACAGCUGUAGCUCUUCCCUUGCCCACUGAUGUGGUCACCCCAUCAUAGAAGGCCACUAGGUUGAGCAGGCAAGACCUCACCUACAACUAUAACCCAUCUUUUCUUCCUCGUGGAGGUGGUCAUGAUACUGGGGGCUAGGCGUUUCUGACUUUGGCUACAUCUCUGGUGUAGAUGGACCAGACCAUCAUCCAUUGACUGGCCUUCCACAUCCAGAGCCUCAUACCUGUUGUAUAGAGGCACCUGGGAGGGUGAGGUGGGCAAGUAGGGGGUUUGCCUGCCGUGCCAAGCAUGGACUUGCUUCCAUUCACUCCUUUCCUUUAAGCUAGUGCCUUCAGCCUGGUAGGGGGAAGGAUACGGGGUCCCCUUGAUCUUGGCUUUUUUCCUAGUGGCUCUUUCUGUCUCAGGGAGGGCAGAGCAUGGCUCCACUAGCCUACCUUUUUCUCUGCCUCCCUGUGCUCCUUAACCUUUCUACUUCCUUGUGUAGCCCUGCCACCAGGCUGAGCAGAUCAUCCACCUGGUCACGCCUCACACAGCCAUUCUCACUACUGCCAUCCGUUCCCAGUGACAGGCUCUGGUGUGCCCUGCAGCCUGAGGGCUGGAUGGCUGCAGGUUUUCCUGGGAGCUCUGCCUGGGUUGCCACAUCCAUUCUGGUGAGCGCAUAGGACAUGGCUUUCUGCCAGGUGGAUGCCAUAGCUAAGCUCCUGAGAGGGUGAUGACCACCACUUGAGCUCACCUCCUGAGCUGGUAGGGUGGCAAUGCCCUUCCUGCACACACUUCCACGUGAACUGCCACACCACGCUCUGCCUGCUCUGGUCACGGCACUCCUGGUCACCACUCCACCUCCCCAGGCUGCUUUUUAUAGGUGCAAGGGUGGCCCUGUGCCCCGAGACCCACCACUCCGCUGUGGAGCGUGGCAGCUCCGGAGCAGCUCACCUCAGCAACAGACAUUUUCCUGUGUGUUUUCUGAUCUCCAGGUUUGUUUGGUCUUAAAGCUGGGCUCGAGAGUAGUUCCUAGGUUGUCUUUCAGGGCCGCUUCUUAACAGUAGCAGCUAUUUUAUAGUUGUCGCACACUGAUCCUUCCACACGUGGUGAACCCUGCCCCAGGCAGAGGAGGCUUGAAGGCACUGUAAGCCCCAGCCCGACUUCCCUCUCUGUCCCAAGAAAGUCAGGAGAAAGCUGCAUUUGGGAGUCAGCAGGGCUCUGGCCGAGCGCAGGGAGCCCCAGCAGAAAGCGUUGGGCACCUUCUGGGACUCCUUUGGGGAGCAGGGCACAGGGGUGCAUCCUCUCUGGCAGGACGCCUCCCCUCGUGGGGCAGGGGCUGGGUGGGUGGGUUCGUGCCGGUCUCAGGCCUUUUUUAAUGACAAUUAUUAUGUUUUUAAGGAAAAACCACCACCUCGAGCUGCGUGGGGUGGGAGCCCCCCAAUAAAAUGUCUCUCACGC